AUGCGCCUCCUCGCCCUCGCCCUGCCGCUCGUGGCUGCCUCAUCAGCCCUCGCCAGCACCAUCUCUGAGCUCGACAAGCGCUACGUGACCCAAGAGGGCAGCUUCAUGCCCUCUUGGGCGGGCGAGGGGUACGGCGCGCUGGGCGUCACGGCCCAGUUCGCCUGCUGCGGGCUGUACAACUACUCUGAGAUUCCGAGCGGCCAGCCUAUUCGAAUCGCAAAGAUCCAGGCGCCAAAGUUCUUCUUCCCCACCUUCUCAGAGUGGGCGGGCAAGCCGAGCCUUAUCGGCCUCGGGGGCCCGCGCAAGCUGCACUGCAUGGACGUGGGCGAGUCCCCGCGCGACGGCACCACCGUCCGCCUGCAGGACUGCGAUAUCAACAAACGUGGCCAGCGGUGGCGUAUCCUCCUCAACACGUACGACGGGGGCAAGGGCAAGGUGCGGCUUGCGGACACUGAUCUCUGCUUUGACGUCCCGGACGGCAACUCGACCAACAACCUCCAGGUGUGGACGUGCUACAAGUGGAAUAAAAACCAGGACUUCACGUUUUCGUACCAUAAGAAGCAGUAG